AUGAAAACCGCCGGAAAACUUCCCGGGCCAAUACUAGCUUUCUCAUACAUCCUCAUUUUACCACAAGUCAUCAAUGUAGCAUUAUGCGGCUCGUCUUUUCGACCCGCAGAUAACUAUCUCAUCAACUGCGGGUCACUCGAGCCCACCACCCUCGACGACGGCCGUACAUUCAUAUCCGACCCACAAUCCGCUUCCUAUCUAUCGACCGAUGAGGAUAUCCUAGUUUCCGUAAACUCCUUACCACACACCGCCUUAACCGGCCGUUUGUACCUAUCCGCAAGAAUCUUCCGACGCGAUUCGAUGUACAGAUUCUUCAUCAAUAAGCCCGGCCGCCACUUUCUCCGACUCCAUUUCCACCCACUUCCAAACCCUUCCGUCAACAUGACGUCAUCAACGUUCUCGGUUUCAACCGACGAAACCGUACUCCUUCACGGCUUCUCGGUCAAAGAUCGUCGACCGAAUAAUAAAACAUGGAUCAUCGUCAAGGAGUAUCUCGUGAACAUCACCUCGGAAAAACUCACGCUCAAAUUCUCGCCCUCGAGAAAAUCGGCCGCGUUCGUCAAUGCCAUCGAGCUCGUCUCUGCUCCCGACGACCUCAUCCAAAACUCGGCCUCGUCCGUGAGCUCGCCACGUGGUGAGUUCACGGGCCUCGACGGGCUCGCGAUCGAGGUCCUCCACAGGGUGAACGUCGGGGGUCCGCUCGUGACCCCUAAAAACGACACCCUUUGGAGGACAUGGCUUCCGGACGAAGAGAACAGAUACGCAGUUUUACCUCAAGGGGAAAAAGACGUAAUUGUCCCUACAGACAUGAUACGGUACUCAAAAGUUGGGGCCACGGCCCUCGUGGCCCCACCUUUGGUCUACUCGACGGCGGCCGUGAUGGCGGAUUCAGGCACGGCCGACCCAAACUUCAACCUCACGUGGUCGAUGAGGGUCGACCCGGGCUUCGACUACUUAAUAAGGCUCCACUUUUGCGACAUUGUGAGCACGGGACUCAACGAGCUCUACUUCAACGUGUACCUAAACGGGCUUUCCGGAGCCUUGACCCUCGACUUGUCGACCCUCACGUCGGGCCUCGCUGUCCCUUACUACAUGGACUUCGUGCUCAACGCCUCGGUUAUUUCGGACGGGACGGUCACCGUGCAAGUGGGCCCCACCUCAAACGUCAUGGCCGUGCAACCUGACGCUAUACUCAACGGGUUCGAGGUGAUGAAGCUAAGCAACUCGGCCAAAAGCCUCGACGGGCUUUUCUCCUCCUCCUCGAAAUUCGGAAAAAACUAUAGUAUGUUGAGAGUUGCCUUGGCCGUUAUCGGGCUUGCAUUAGGAUCGACAGCGUUGAUUUUGAUCUGCAUCUGUUUCGCCAGAAGGCGAACUAGGCGUAAUAAUAAUAAAGGGUACGAGAAGCAAAAGUCGAAGUUCUCGUCCUGGCUCCUCCCGCUAACAGCAACCCAAUGCAGCAGCUUCUUGUCCAGCAAUAAUAAGAGCAAGAGCACGACUAUCUCGAGCAUCAUCGACCCGAGUAGCCUCAGCCUCGGAAGGCACUUCACCUUAAACGAAAUUCGCCGCGCCACAAAAAAUUUCGACGAGAAAUCAGUCGUUGGAGUAGGAGGCUUUGGGAAGGUGUACCUCGGCGAGCUGGAAGACGGGACCCGCCUCGCCGUCAAACGGGGCAACCCAUCUUCGUCUCAAGGGGUCAACGAGUUCCAAACCGAAAUCCAACUCCUCUCGAAGCUCCGGCACCGCCACCUCGUCUCCCUCAUCGGGUACUGUGACGAGCAAUCGGAGAUGAUAUUGGUGUACGAGUACGGGAGUAUAAUCCAUCGGGACGUGAAGACGACGAAUAUUCUCCUCGACGAGAAUUUCGUGGCUAAGGUUUCAGAUUUCGGGCUUUCGAGGGCCGGGCCCGGUUCUAUAGACCAGACGCACGUGAGCACGGCCGUGAAGGGUAGUUUCGGGUACCUCGACCCAGAGUACUUCAGGCGGCAGCAGCUGACCGAGAAGUCGGACGUGUACUCGUUUGGGGUCGUGUUGUUUGAGGUACUCUGCGCGAGGCCUGCACUCGACCCAAGCCUGCCAAGGGAGCAGGUGAACCUUGCCGAGUGGGCCCGGAGGAAAAAUACGAGCGGCGAGAUAGAGAAAAUCGUUGACCCGGUUAUUGCAGGGGCUAUCUGUGGGGAGUCUUUGACUAAGUUUGUCGAGGCUGCCGAGAAGUGCCUGGCCGAGUAUGGGGUGGAUCGCCCCUCGAUGGGGGACGUGUUGUGGCACUUGGAGUGUUCCCUGCAGUUGCAAGGGGCCGCGGAGGAGGACUCGACUCGGGAUGAUGACGUGGGGCCCACGAAAGGGAAGGUUGGGGGGGGCCGUUGUUGA